ACUGAGCCCGUCUGGGUCCCCGCCCGCGCGCGCUCCCCUGGCCACACCCUCCGCCUGGACGCAGCAGCCACCGCCGCGUCCCUCACCCCACGAGGCUGCCGGCUCGGGACCCCCAGCUCCGAUAUGUCGCCCUCUGGUCGCCUGUGUCUUCUCACCAUCGUUGGCCUGAUUCUCCCCACCAGAGGACAGACGCCGAAGGAGCCCACAUCCAUUUCUUCAGCAGACCCAAAUAUCGUGGAUUUUCAGGUUCUGACCCCAGCCCCAGAUGCAAUCUACCCAGAAGCCCAGCCCACCCCUCCAAUCCCUACCCGGCCUGCUGGUGAAACACCACAACCCCAGACCCAGACCCCGCAACCUACAGGAAUGGAUGAGCCUCUAGUGACAGAUCCAGAGAUACCCAGAAGCACCAAAGCAGCUCAUCCCACCAAAGGUACCACGACGCUCUCUGAGAGACCAUCCCCAAGAACAGACGUCCAGACACACCCCCAGACCGUCAAGCCAUCUGGUUCUCAUGAGGACGACCCCUUUUUCUAUGAUGAACACACCCUCCGGAAACGGGGACUGUUGGUCGCAGCUGUGCUGUUCAUCACAGGCAUCAUCAUCCUCACCAGUGAGAACUGGAGUUGGGUGGGAAGGGCACCAAGACCGGGAGAGGAUGGCUUGCACUAUGACUGAGGGCUGGGUUCUCAAAGGCCUCUGGGCAAUUUUGUUUUAAAUGAGGUAUCUAUUAGCUGGGUAUCCAUACAAACCACCACAGAAUUCAGUGGUUUAAAAUGAUGACCAUUUACUGAGCUCUCAAGACCACAGUUUGGAAAUGUAGGCUGGGCUCAGCUGGGUGGUUCUUCUGUUUGCAACUGGAUUUACUCUUGCAUCUGAGUUCAUUUGUGCGUCAGCAGGAAACUUUCUGGAGCACUUUGGCUCUUUGCUGCAUCAUCUUAUCUUUCACUAAGCUAGCCUGGACUUGUUCACAUGGUGGUGGUGGCAGCGGGGGUCUAAGAGAGAGAGAAAGUGAAUGCAUUCAGGCUCAGAACUGGCCAUUAUCCCUUCUGCCUCAUUCCAUAGGUCAAAGCAAGUCAUGAGGCCAGGCUUCAUUCAAGGAAAUAGACUCCCCCUCUUGAUGGGAAGACAGACAAGUCACAUGGCAAGGGACGUGGAUACUGACAGGGAGGAGUAGAGACUAAGGGCGGUUUGACAGUCAGCAUACCACCCCAGCAGUCACAAACUCACUGCACCCAGGCCUGCCAGGGAACAAGGGCUGAAUAAGGAUGUGUGGGGAGGAGACAACUGAGGAUUAGAUGCCUCAUGGAACAACCCCACCCACUCAAUCUAGCAAGAAAGGGGCUUGGAGCAGUCAGAGUAACUACUCUUUUUAAGAGCUUAAUGUUUCUGUAAAAUCUUUUGGUACUCAAAUGUUGACAGCUGUGUCGAUUAGGGUCAUGGCAGGUGGCAGAAGGACCUGCAAAGGGUUAACUGGAGAACAUUUAAUAGAGUGAUGUCUCGGGAGGUACAGGCAGGGUAAUUAGGUGGUGCAGUGUCCUAUGACUAGCAAGGAUGGGGAUCUGGUAUCCCCCAGCCUGAGGGGCGAGAGGAGGCACUGGCUUUGCAGGGGGCCUGGCGAGAGAUGGAACUGGAGCUGGGGCCGCUGGAAGGAGCUGUGGCCUCAGAAAGAGGGUUCCAGCCACUGCCUCACUGGUGACCAAACCAGAAGGGAGCAGGGGCUGUGGGGAUCAGAUACCUAAACCUCCCUCUCCUCCCACCCCCCUGUCCCCUGCCGAUGCUGAACUAGAGGGCAAGGGCCCCACAGCCCAAUGCAGGGAGGGGAAGCUGUGGGGGGAAGGCAGAAUAACAAGCAGAGAAACUAAUUUUUUUUUAAAGGUUUAAAAAAUGUUGUGGUUGAAAUAAAACACAAGCUGUCAGUUAAUCU